AUGAAAUUGCCAUUGGAGAGGCUCACAUGUGAACAGCGUUUGGAAUCACUGCCACUGACGUCGUACGCUAGACAGAGUGAGCGAUUCCGUGAAAUGGCACAAGAGGCGGAUGACAGAAAGGUUAAAAACUACUACCUCGGUGUAGCAAAAUUACUCGAACAGUUCGACAACGACGAAAAGUACGUGCGAGGCUUCGAGAAGAACGCCGGUUCGGUCGAGCAGUCUGAGCAUGGCUCGAGAGCAAGUCUGAUUCUCGCAAAGGUCACACUGUUCUUCAACGUCUCACUGUUCGUCGCCAAGACCGUAGCAUCCGCGUUGUCCCACUCCUUCUCCAUCAUUACUAGUACUGUUGAUUCAGCGGCGGACAUAACUUCUGGUUUGAUCAUCCUGGUCAGCAAUCGGGCAAUAAAACGGCGUGAUCUGCGUAUAUACCCUCGAGGAAGAACUCGAUUGGAGCCGCUAGCGUUGAUUUUCAUAUCGUUCAUCAUGGGAUAUGCCAGUGUACAGAUCAUGGGAAAAUCAGUCGAAGCUCUUGUACUGAACAAUAUCAAGCCGGAUGUUUGUUUGUCAACAAUUCUCAUUAUGGCGAUUACGAUAGUCGUCAAAAUCGUACUUUGCGCAGUGUGCUACGCCAACAAAACAGACCAAGCAAGGGUAUUGGCGCAGGACCAUCGCAACGAUUGCCUCUCCAACUCGGUCGCUAUAAUUUGCGCAUACCUGAGCGACAGGUUCUGGAAGCAGCUAGAUCCAAUUGGAGCCAUACUGGUUAGCAUAUACCUGGUGUACUCAUGGAUGAAAACCGGCUAUAAUCAGGUGAAUAUAAUUUCCGGACGAACUGCCAAGCCACAAUUAAUAAACCGGAUCAUUAAGAUCUCGGUCGAUCACAGCCCAAGGUUACAGAAACUGGACACGGUUUAUGCGUACCAUUUGGGCUCCAAAUUUCUGGUCGAAGUGCAUGUGAUGCUCGACGGCAACAUGACCUUGCGAGAAGCGCACGACAUUACCGAACCCCUGCAGAGAAAGUUGGAGUACCUGCCGGACGUCGAACGAGCCUUCGUGCAUGCCGACUACGAGGUGGAUCAUCGACCGGAAUACGAACACAAAAUCGUCUGA